AAGGUUAGAAUUCAUAAAUGCUUUCACAUGGCUCAGAGCAUCUGAUUGUCAGCCACUUCUCACUCGUGCUUGGGUGUGCGCUUCCAAUUUGGAUGUCAUCUGGGUUCAAUGACCGACCUUUAUCCCCAUUUGCCGGAAUUCUCAGUCUCGGGAUUGGAGAUACAAUGGCAUCGAUGGUUGGGCACAAGUAUGGGGUGUUGAGAUGGAGCAAGACAGGAAAGAAAACGGUUGAAGGAACAGCAGCGGGAAUAACAUCGGUGAUGGCAGUGUGCUUUGUACUGGUCCCAAUAUUAGCGUCAAUGGGUUAUAUACUAAGUCAAGGAUGGUGGUCGCUUCUGGUGGCUAUGACAGCCACCGGGAUGUUGGAAGCUUACACUGCACAGUUAGACAAUGCCUUUAUACCUCUUGUCUUCUACUCACUCCUCUGCUUGUAGUAAGUUUAAGCCUAGAGUCAUUCAACGUUUUUCCACUUAAUGUACAUAACAAAGUAUCUUACUGCUA